AUGCCACCGAGGUCGACAACGGUGGAGCCGCAAGCGCCUCGCCGUGGCCGUCCUCCAAUUGAAGCGGUGGAUUACGAUGCCAGCGAUGAGGAGAACAAUAAGAAAUUGCGUAUGCGUCAAGCGCAAAGAACAUAUCGAGCUAGAAAGGAGAAGGCGCUAAGAUCUGAGAGGGCCCGCGCUGAACGACUCAGCAGGGCCUUGGACGAGGCAAUGGCAACCUUUACCAAGCUCCAUCGGCGGGUUCUUCAAUUCCAGAACAUACAAAAUUCACCCGAGCUCCUACUUUCCCUCAAUGAAGCUGCCACGGAGAUGACCACAAUCGCCCAUGAAGCGCACAAACUGGAUCAUUUUUCGAGUCUUUCGGAUACUUCAUCCCCAAGCACUCAUCAGCAAAGCCGCCUAGGUGUAUGCAUGUCUUCGGAUACAACGCCCAGGCGGGACGCGUUUAGCGAGGGCAUUGGAUCGACCAAGGACUCAAUUUCCCACCAGCCAUCCGUCCUAGCUUCUGAAGUCGUGGCACUUUCCCUCAGGAUGGACCGGUCCGGCACAACAAUAUCAGAAAGGAUGGUUCGAGCCUGCGUGGAGCGUGUUGUGUCCAUUUUGGCUGGUGGCUCUUAUGAUAGAAUAUCGCCUCCAACUUUGAGCAUUCCUCUCCAAUUACUUGGAAUGGAGGGGCUGAGGACUAACGCUCUUAGACUAUCUCGCAUUAAUCUUGCGGUGGCUGAUUUCCAGUAUCCUCCGCACUCCAUAGCGCGGCUCCCACAAAUGUAUCGUGUUGUUGAGGGUGAAAGCAACUUCGUUCCUCGGCUACCAGCACCAUCGGUGCAGCAAAUCAUACGGGGAAAGACUAGGACGAUAUUGACGACAAAUAUCACUUCUCUACAGGGAGAGUGGCUUGAGGCUAUGGACGUUGAGGAAUACCUCGAAGAACGAGGGAUCUAUCUGCCAAUUGUCAACCAAAACGGUACAAUGUCCCAGAAAGAGAACAGACCUCGGUACUAUGCCAUUGCUCCGGAGCAGACCGAUUCUCUACAGGGCAAGCAGAUCUUCUCGAUAAACACCUAUUUAGAUCCUGUGGCGCAAAGCCUAGUGGCAGGGCUUGACCAGGAAACGCAACAACCGCCGAACGAGAAUGAUCGUGAUGUUUCUAUGGCCUCAUCAGUCUAUUUGAACCGCCAUGAGCCCGCAGACUAUUCGAUAUUUGGAAUUCCAUUGUCCCAGCCUUUGCGAAAUUCGGCCCUGUCCCGUAUGACAAGUGUGAGAGGCCUUGUUCCUAUCGAUACAUCAAAUCUGGCGUGGCCGGACCCAUCACUCUCGAGCUGUCAAGAUUUGCAGGUUCCGGGUCCAACUUUACAGAUCACUAUCGAUAUUGAUAAGCUUGUACAGCUGCUUGCAGCAAAUGCCAGGUGCCUUGGCCCUAUUCCUGGAAUUCGGAAAGCUGCUGUGGACUAUUCCAUUCGGGAAUCUGUCGUCAGGUUCUAA